AUUCUACUCUGAAAUCUUUAGAGAGUUCAAGAACGAGUUAACUCGUCAGAUUCAACAUUGUUGGUGGUGAUGGCUGGGGUUAUGCAGAAGUUCCUUGUUUCAUCAAUGUUCAUGUGGAUGCUUCCUGUUGCGAUACUAUACGGAUUCAACAAUGACUUGCUUCCUGGUUCAACAACACUGUCUUCACAUUCUCUAACACUACUAAGUGGAUUUCUUGCUGUGGUAUCAGUCAAUGUAAUGAUUGUGUUCUACAUCUGUAUGGCCCUAAAAGAACCUACAGAUAAACACAAACCAGACGCAUUGUUUGUCGCAGAGGCCAAAGAUAGUGUGGAGAAAUUGACCUCAGGAGUCCCAAGUACUGACUCGGUAGUCAAGAAACAAGAGUAAGAGCUUCACAAAUUCCAUUUUUUAAAGACAAGGAACAGCGCCGAGAUAGCAUCAGAUGAGUUGGGUUUUUGCAAUGCAUUGCUAUAGUUGUAGAAAUUCUUGCCUAGUGGCCCAUCCUCUGUUGUGACAUUUGAGGGUUUUGGGGUUGUUUGAGCAACAGAAGCAACAUGUUGAACAGAGAAGAGAGCUAAUGUUUUUGAUGACAGAACUCACAGAACCAAAUGUUCAUAGUUGCUGCUUCUCCAUUGCAAGGAAGCUUACUUGUUUGAGUUUUAAGUUACUUCAACUAGAUAAUUACUGACUGAAAUAGAAACUACUUAAUUCUUGUUCCCGUCCGAGGACUACAGUAUAAUGUGCUGUUCUUUAGAUGCUCCAUGGGUCUCAAAACAAGCACAUGGAUAGAAUUGGCUGGCUAUUGAUGAAUCCUGA